AUGAGUUUCUCCAGGUUCCUAGUUUUUCUUUCCCUCGUGCAUGGUUCAUUGCAGUCACGGGAUGACACAGAAAGAUUUUGGACAGAAGAUGUUUCAACUGGCAUUCACUAUCAGAUGAACUCAGAAUCAGCUCUAACAUGGCACCAAGCAAGGAAAAGCUGUCAGCAGCAAAAUGCAGAACUAUUAAGCAUCACAGAGAUCCAUGAGCAAGCAUAUAUAGGAGAGCUAACUAAAAAAUUCAGUUUUGCAUUCUGGAUUGGAUUGAACACUUUGAAUUUCAACAGUGGAUGGCAAUGGGCUGGGGGCAGCCCUUUCAGAUAUUUAAACUGGGCUCCAGGAAGUCCUUUCCUGCUCCCUGGGAAAAUCUGUGGAGUGAUGAAUCCCAGAAAAAAUGCUAAAUGGGAAAACCAAGCAUGUAACCAGAGACUUGGCUACAUUUGUAAAAAGAGAAACUUCAGUUCAAAGUCUGAUAUUCUACCAAAAGAGGAAUUGAGACCAAUUAAGUGCCCAGAUGGCUGGUGGCCAUAUGCAGGCCACUGCUACAGCAUUCAACGGGAACCCAAAAUAUGGAAAGAUGCUCUGACUGCAUGUAAGGGGAAAGAUGGAGAUUUGGCAAGUGUCCACAACAUUGCUGAACACAGCUUUCUAGUGUCACAGCUUGGUUACAAGCCAACAGAAGAGCUAUGGCUGGGUCUGAAUGACCUGAAGGCUCAUUUCUAUUUCGAGUGGAGUGAUGGGACUCCUGUGACGUUCACCAAAUGGCAGUGCAGGCAUCCCACCUACACAAAUGGUCUGGAGGACUGUGUUGUUAUGAAGGGGCAGGAUGGAUACUGGGCAACUGCCAUUUGUGAUAAGCAACUUGGUUACAUCUGUAAAAAGAAGCCUUCAUCACAAUCCUCUGAAAAAGAGUCAGUCGAGGACCCAGGCUGCCAGAAAGGUUGGAAAAGAUAUGAUUUUCACUGCUACUUGGUGGGCUCUGCACUUUUGACAUUCUCAGAAGCAAGACAGACCUGUGAACAGAGAAAAGCUUAUCUAGCUACGGUGGAAAGCAGCAAUGAGCAAGCCUUUCUGAUUAGUCUGACGGGGCUGAGGUCUGAAAAAUAUUUCUGGAUUGGUCUCUCUGACACAGAAGAACGAGGGAGUUUCAGGUGGACCACUGGUGAAACUCCUCUCUUCACACACUGGAACACAGCAAUGCCAGGUAAGCUCUGCAUGGAGCAAGGCUGUGUUGCCAUGGGAACUGGAAUUGCAUCUGGAUUAUGGGAUGUUGUUAGCUGUGAGAAGACAGCAAAUUAUCUUUGCAAACAGCGGGCAGUGGGAGCGUUGCCUCCUGCUCCUUCGGUAUGGGUCCCUGUGGCCGCUUGUGCCGAAGGCUGGGACAGAGCCUCCCGGGCAGACUCAUGCUUCAAAUUUUUUGUGAGAGAGGGAAACCAAAAGAAGUCUUGGUUUGAGGCUGAAGAAUUCUGUAGAGAAAUAGGAGGAAAUCUGGUCACAAUCAAUACAAGAGAAGAUCAAAUUUUAUUAUGGCAAUUAGCAUCGGAUAAAGGACUGAACACUCAGGCUUUCUGGAUCGGUUUGUUUCUCUUAAAUCCUGAUGAAGGAUUUGCCUGGAUUGAUGGUUCCCCU